AUGGGCGAGUGCCGGGGGGGGCCUUUGUCCCUGCUCUGCGGGGGGGCCCACAGGUUCGGGUGGCGUCGCCAUCGCAAGGCCCCGGGGCCCAACGGACACACCGGCGCCUGCAUCGCCGUGGAGACCGGCCCGGAGGAGGGAGGCAGCGCUAACGCUAGCGCUAGCUCUCCUGUUUCACUGGAACUGGACCCGGCGGUGAAUAAUGCAUCAGGCAUUCCCCGCGGCCCCCUCGCGGGCACAAAGGACCCGGCCGUGCAGAGCGACGGCCAGCGCUCCUCCUGCUCUCUCUCCGCCGCUGGCGCUAACGCUAACCUCCGGCGCUUCCCCGGCCAGCCCCACCGCACCAGGACUAGCAUGCAGGGCGAUGUCUACAACUUCCUGGAGAGACCCACAGGCCUGAAGUGCUUCCUGUACCACUUCUUAGUGUUCUUGAUGGUGCUGGUGUGUUUGAUCUUCAGUGUGCUCUCCACCAUUGAGCAGUACGCAGACUUCGCCAGUGGGACCCUGUUCUGGAUGGAGAUUGUGCUGGUGCUGUUCUUCGGUACGGAGUACGUGGUGCGUCUCUGGUCCGCAGGCUGCAGGAGUAAAUAUGUGGGCAUCAGAGGUCGACUGCGAUUCGCCAGGAAGCCCAUCUCUAUCAUUGAUUUGAUCGUUGUCAUCGCCUCGGUCAUCGUCCUGAGUGUGGGGUCCAAUGGCCAGGUGUUUGCCACCUCCGCCAUCAGAGGGAUCCGCUUCCUGCAGAUCCUGCGGAUGCUGCAUGUGGACCGGCAGGGAGGCACCUGGAGGCUUCUGGGAUCUGUAGUCUUCAUCCAUCGGCAGGAGCUGAUCACCACCCUGUACAUCGGCUUCCUGGGCCUGAUCUUCUCCUCCUACUUUGUGUACCUGGCGGAGAAGGACGCUGUGGAUGAGGAGGGGAGGACCGGCUUCUCCAGCUACGCAGACGCCUUAUGGUGGGGUGUGGUCACCGUGACAACGAUCGGCUACGGAGACAAAGUUCCGCAGACGUGGAUCGGGAAAACUAUUGCUUCCUGCUUCAGCGUGUUUGCCAUCUCCUUCUUUGCCCUUCCGGCGGGAAUUCUGGGCUCUGGAUUUGCCCUGAAGGUCCAGCAGAAACAGAGACAGAAGCACUUCAACCGACAGAUUCCCGCUGCGGCCUCACUGAUCCAGACUCUGUGGCGUUGCUAUGCAGCAGAAAAGCCGGGUGGUUGCCCAGCAACCUGGAAGAUGUAUGUUCUGACAGGUUACUCCAUCCGCGCCGUCGGCUCAGAGACCUCCAGCCCCAACGUCAAGAUCCUGAAUAAGCGCUCCAAAAGGAAAGCCAAGGACAACGGCUCAGCCCCUCCCCCGGCCCCCGGGGAGGCUCUGUCCAUCCCCCACAUCACCUUCCACCCCCCCGAGGAGGGGGAGCUGCCCUUCUGCCUGGAGGAGCCCACAGGCCAGCAGCAUUCCUGGUCCUCCUUUACUCUGAGUUGUCCUCCCUCUCCAGUGCAGAGAGGGCUGGAGUCCGCAGGCAUCUCCCGCGCCAGCAGCUUCACCGACGACAUGGACUUCACCAGCGAGGAAAUCCCCCUCCCCCUGGUGCCCGACUCCGCGCAGCUGUCCCGGGCCCACAGGGCUGCCGUGCGCGUGAUCCGCAGGAUGCAGCACUUUGUGGCCCGGCGGAAAUUCCAGCAAGCGCGGAAGCCAUACGACGUGCGCGACGUGAUGGAGCAGUACUCACAGGGUCACCUCAACAUGAUGGUGCGGGUCAAGGAGCUCCAGCGGAGGCUGGACCAUUCUCUGGGAAAACCAGGAAUAUUUCUCCCAGAAAAAGGAGUUGAUAAGGAAUACUACACAAUUGGAGCCAGGCUGAUCCGAUUGGAAGAUAAGGUGCUGCAGAUGGAUCAGAAGAUGGAGGAGGUGCUGCAGAUCCUGGUGGAGCAGUUCCGCCCCCCGCCCCGCCCGGGCCCCGCCCCGCCCCGCCCAGGCCCCGCCCCCUUCAGCUCCCGCGUCACGGUGAUGAAGCACCUGGGCGCCAGCAUGGACGAGGGCCUGUGACAUCAUCAGCAGCCGGCUGUGACAUCAUCAGUUUCAGAUCAGCCCGAGCGUGCCCCCCCCUCCCCCAAACCCCAGAAAAA